AUGGAUCCCCAGCACACCCUUGUAUACUCCGGCGCGGGACCCUCGUCCUUCACGUCCAGCUCCGGAUCCGGAUCGCGCUACUCUUACGAAGUCAUACCCGGUUUCUUCGUCCACGACGCGCCGCUCCCGGAGGAUACCGCGCUGCCGCCGCGGUUCGGGCUGGUGGACGAAUCCCCGGAGCGGUGGACGACGUUCGUGGGCCGGAUCGGCGAGCUGCAGGCUCAGGCGGAAGGCGAGGGCGCGGGCGUGAAGGUGUUCUGGCUCGGACGGCACGGAGAAGGAUACCAUAAUGUCGGGGAGGCCAAGUACGGGACGAAGGCUUGGGACGAUUACUACUCCAAGCUCAACGGCGAUGGCGAGAUCACCUGGGGCCCCGACCCGGAACUCACGCCUCUGGGCGAGUCGCAAGCGCGCGCGGCGCACGAUUUAUGGCAGACCGAGGUGACGGCGGGGAUGCCGCUCCCGGACAGUCUAUACUGCAGCCCGCUCACGCGCGCGCUGCGGACGAAUCAGAUCACGUUCGACGGCGUCGUCGAUCGUUCAGAACGGCGGACGACGGUGGUCGAGUACUGCCGCGAAGAGAACGGGGAACACACGUGCGACCGGCGCCGGACGCGGUCAUACAUCCGCGCGACCUUUCCCUCGUUCGAGAUCGAGGACGGGAUGACGGAGGAGGACGAGCUGUGGGACCCCGUCGUGCGCGAGACGAAGGCGCAGGUGGACGCAAGGGCGAGGGCCGUGAUCGGGAGGGUGUUUGGGAAGGAUGGGGCGGAGACUUAUGUAUCGAUCACUGCGCACGGGGGGUGGAUUAACGCGUUUUUGCGCGUGGUGGGCCAUGCGCCGGUGAGGCUGCCUACGGGAGGUGCGUGCAUGCUACUUCGAUGUAGCUACAUAUGCUGA